UUUGUAUUUGUAUAGUUACUUGAAGUUUGUCUUUUAUCGACACAUCAAUUUUAAUAGCUUGUUUUAUCAAUUUUCAAUAUUAUGAAAAGAUAAGCAAUAUUUCUAAUCAAUAAAGUUUAAAAUUCAAUUAUAAUGUGGCACGAAGCACGCAAACAAGAGCGAAAAAUUCGCGGCAUGAUGGUAGAUUACAGGCGUAGAGCUGAACGACGUCGAGAUUUUUACGAAAAAAUUAAAGCCGAUCCAACACAAUUUUUACAAUUACACGGUCGACAAUGUAAGAUACAUUUAGAUCCAGCAGUCGCGUCUGCUGCUGAUAGUACGGCUGCGAUGAUGCCUUGGCAAGGCGAAAUGGAUAAUUUAAUAGAUCGCUUUGAUGUACGGGCUCACUUGGAUUAUAUUCCUCCUAUUAAAAAAGUUGAAGAUGAGGAGCUCACUUACGAGGAAAGACAGACAAACUACGAAAGGUAUCGAAUAAUUGCACAGAAUUCUUUUCUCUGUAUCAGUGAGGAAAAAUUUUUAAAGCAAUUGCAUAUGGAAGAGCAGUUCGGCUAUACAGAGCCAGAAUCGAAAAAGAAGAAGUCGAGCGGUGUGGCUAUCGGUUUUAAUUACGAAGACGCGACAGCUUAUCCCACGCAAAGUUCAACUGGAAACGCCGAGGAAAAUUCAGAUGAUAAUUCGGAUAGCGAUCUCGAUGUCGAUUUGUACAUUAACGUAUCCAAGGUGGACCAGUUUCAAGCGCACGAAAUGAAUAAGCACGGUUUGAACUUUGGGAUGAGUUCUAAUGAUUUUUACUCAUUUUUAACUGAUGAUAUGGAAGAAGCAGAAAGCAACAGAUUAGCACGUGAGGAAGAACACGAGAAGGCUUUGUUUUCUGGUCGUAAAUCUAGGCGGGAACGAAGAGCACAUAGAGAGAAACGCUUGGCGAAUCGGGUUAUCAGUCCACCAAGUUACGCUGCUCGUUCAUCCCCAACGUAUCCUACCUUUCGCGAGAGUAAAUCUGCAUCUAGAUCUCCCACUCCGGAUAACACAGGAAAAAUUACAUACAUUACAUCGUUUGGAGAUGAUGACGACAUACCUACAACAAGUAAACCGAGUUAUGCUGAUAAACUGAAGCACGGCAAGAAAGGUAAAAAGCGAGAGAGUAGCCGUGAUAGAACAUUCGCGGCAGAUAAGAGAAGACGUAGUUUGAGCAAUGAUCGCGACAGAAACUACAGACGAAGACGAAAGUCGAGAAGUAUCGAAUCUAGAAGUCCUCGUUUCAGGCGUAAUAGCCGAUCUAGGAAGCGGACUACAUCUCGAGAAAGGUAUCGAAGACGUUCACACUCUCGUUCUCGGGACCAUGGGAGAAGAUAUAAACCGCGAAGAUCUUCAACAAGUAGCAGUAGCAAUAACAGUCACAAAUCGAGGUCGAGAAGUAGAACAACAUAUAGAAGUACCUCUAGGAAUCGAUAUCCAGUUCGAGCGAAAAGUAGCAGUUCAAGUUCUGUGGCUAGCCCGAACCACAGUUUAGUAACGAGAAGGUUUAAUAAAAGUAGAAGUUCGUCUAUUAAAAAAGAAUCGCCGCCGAAGACUACUGUGCAAAGAUAUUAUGGGCGGAAACGUAGCGACCAAAGUUCCUCCUCAGAAUUAGAAGAUUUGAGCGAUUUAGAAAAUGGAAACAGUAAACUUGGUAACAGUCCAAAUGCCCUUGAAACUAAAGCGACAAGCUAUGGUAAUGCAGUCUCUGCCUUCAAAAAAUCAAGCUCUUCCGUACCGAUAGUCGCGUCCACGACACUAAAUUUACAGGAAAAAUUGAAAAGGAAACGGCAAGCUUUGUUAAAUAAGCAAUUUAAGGCGGACAAAUUAGCCGAACAGCUCAAAACUGAAAGGGAGAAGCAGGAGCAGCAGAAUAGAGAAGACGAGUUACGCGAAAUGGCCAUUAAAUUAAGGCGACGGCAAAGAGAAAUUCGUCACGCUUACGACAGUCACAGUUCAGACAGUUCCUGUGAUUCGGAUGAUAGAAAUAGUACAUCUUCUAUCAACAGAAUCAUGAAGAGUCGGAGCGGUAGCCCAAAAGAAGCCAAUGAAGAGAGAGCGUCGAAAUAUAGGGAAUCCUCAAGUAAAGAUAAGGAAAGAGUCAAAGACAGAAAAGAGACAGAUUAUCAAAGUGCGACUAAAAGCUGUUCACCCAAACCUUAUAUUGAGUGUGAAAAACGAAUGUAUUACAAUGACGAUAAAGAUAGGGAUAUGAAAAGGAGGAGUGAUUACAAAAAGGAUAGAGAUUCACGCAGUGAUUAUUAUAAGGAUAGAACUAGCAGGUCAUUGGUGGACUACUGAUUGUUUAUACUGUAGGUAAUUAUUUCAAGGUAUGUAUUUUAUAUGUAAAGCUUGAUGCAAGAAUUCCUGUUUUUUUAAAAAUAAUUAUGUGAUUAUAUUGUAAUCAAAGCAAAUAAUAAUUUAGAUGAUGGUGGAAACAAUUUUAAUGCUAGUAGAAUAGCGAUUAUUUGAUGUGUAUGAUGUAGCAAUUAAAAUAAUUU